AUGUCAAUUUUGAAUCUAUUAUCUACAAUUUUAAUUGGAUUAUUAACUUUAUAUGGUCAGGUAUAUUCUGAAUAUAUUACUGAAAAUACAGUAGAAUCUCAGACAAUAACAAAGUCAUUAUAUAGAGGAUCAAUAAAUAGUGAAAAUUUAAUUGAAUGUACUGAAGGAUUAUUAAAUUGGCUAUUAUUUUCAAAGGAUAUAAUAUCUAGUAUAUUAGUAAAUAAUAAUGGAAGUCCAGAGAAAUUCGAUUCUAUGGUAUCAUAUUUAAUAACACAAUUUCAGACAAUUAAUGGAAGUUUUGAGGAUUGUAAAAAUCAAUUAUCAAGAUAUGGAUUUAUUGUACAAAAUAAGGUAUCAUUAUCUGAUAUUAUACAACAUCACAAUAAUACAAUAAAUAAUAUGGACAAAUUAUCUGAAAAUCUUUCUACUGAGAAAUAUAAUGAGUUAAUGGAAGUUAGAAAUCAAAUUCAUUUAGUUAGAAAUAGCUUGGUAAAUUUUAAUAUUGGUAAUUAUUGUGAUGAAUGUAAAGUUUUCAGAGCUCAAUUAGCACUUAUUAAUUUAGUACUUAGAUGGAAUUCAAAAGUUGAGAAUGAACUAAAAACAAUUCAAGCUAGUAUUGAACCUAAAAAAUCUGAUAAAAAAAUCUCUAAGAAUUAG